AUGUGGGGCCGUUGGGUGGAACUUGGGUUUUGGAGAAGUUGGUUGGCACAACGAUCCCAAAGGGUUGCCUUGCGGUUUUGGUUGGGCCUGGAGGGCGCGAGGGCCGUUGUUAUACCGCCGGUGCCGCCGCACGCGAGCACAAUUAAAGGAAGAGGACUUUCAGUGGGGAAGCGCAAAACAAAAAAACAACAGACACAGAACUUUCAGGAACUUGAAGGGAUAAAAGAAGAACGCGGCGUGGCGCUUGGAGCGAUCAAACGAUGGGGCAAUAAUGUCAAGGGAAUCGUCCUCACCAAAGGCGUUCCACACACCCCAAGAACAUCCAGAGGCAACAGGAAGGGUCAAGGAAAGAAAUAA